AUGCUUUCCGCUAGAAAACUCAUAAAUCCGUAUAUAUUAAAAACUUUUAAAUUGCAAUCGAGGAAAUGUCAUAGUUUAUUUGGUAUCAAAGAUAUUCUUCAACAAGAGCAGCCGGAUAUAUUUUCUAUCCACCUGGUGAAGAAGCAGGAUCAUGAGAUGGCUGUAGACCUCAUUAAGACCCACUACCUCACAGAACACGUGUUGGUGCGAACACGGAACAUGGAUCUAUCAAACGACAACGCUCUUAAUGAAUACCUCGUCAGUCUCAUGAAACAGGGUAACACGAUUUUCGCCAAAACUGAAGACGGAAGGGUAGCUGGUAUUUGCGUUAACUUCACGACGAGUCCAGUUGAUUGUCAAAACUUAAGAACCUAUGCUUUUUAUAGACAAAUUAAAAUGUUGACAGUUCUACCGGAGUUCAGAAGGCAGGGUCUGGGCACUAAGCUAGCUGAGAAAUCAAUGUUUCAAGCACAAGACCAGGGUUAUAACGUUAUAAGAAUGGACUGUAUCAAUCCUUACGAGUAA